AAACCACGUGUUUUGUGAUUGCGUGAGAAUUUGUAGUUACUCUAAUUAUCUAACUUUGAAUGGAAUAUUUAUCGACCGACUUAAGUUGCAGCCGUGAAGAUUAUUUAACUCAAUGUUAAGAGGAGUAUAUAAAGUGUUCCAAGCGUGUGCAACAAACAAAAACGCGCUCAUGAUGGCGACUGUUCGUGUGAGCGAUUCGUCCAUUCACCAAAUGAUAAACGGAAUGGAUAGAAUACCACGGCCAUUUAUGAUAGGUGUAGCUGGCGGAACAGCAUCAGGAAAGUCAUCAGUAUGUGCCAAGAUAAUGCAACAGCUUGGUCAAACAGAGGUGGAUGAUAAUCAGAGACAGGUCGUUAUCAUAAGCCAGGAUUCAUUUUACAGAAGUCUUAACGAGGAUGAGAAGAGAAGGGCUCUCCGUGGCGAGUUCAACUUUGAUCACCCAGAUGCCUUUGAUCAUGAUUACAUGAUAAAAACCAUCAGAGACAUUUUGAAAGGAAAGACUGUACAUAUACCAAAUUACAACUAUGUGAGGAACAGCAGAGAUGAAGAAUCACAGACAAUAUACCCUGCUGAUGUAGUUUUAUUUGAAGGAAUCCUUGUUUUCUACCUGAAGGAAAUAAGAGACAUGUUCCACAUGAAACUUUUUGUUGACACUGAUCCCGACACCAGACUGUCCAGGAGAGUAUUAAGAGAUACGCGUGACAGAGGACGUGACAUAGAGCAAAUCCUUCACCAGUACACAACACUAGUAAAACCUGCCUUUGAGGAAUUCUGUUUACCUACAAAAAAGUAUGCUGAUGUCAUAAUACCACGAGGAGCUGAUAACACAGUGGCAAUUGACCUGAUUGUACAACAUAUCCAGGAACUACUUCGGCCUAGUAACAAGAAUGUGAAGAGAUUUAGACAUAACUCGGACUCAUUUGUGGGCAGGCCUCACUGAAUUGUUUGUGAAAUAAUGAUUAAUUCGGGAUCUCCUGUUCUUUAUAAUCAUAGUACCACAAAUCUGGUGAUUAGGUGUACUGUGCUUCCUGUUGUUGGUACGACUAAUAUGAUCUAGUUGUUGAUGAAGUCUCUUAUUGUUGUUGAACAUACUGGUUGAUUAAGUCACUAAUAAUGCAAUAAUUAAGA